AUGGUUUGAUUGCCAUGUAAUAAACUACCCACUAACCUCACUUCCUUAAGCUGUACUGGGGAAUAUUAGAUCUCAGUAUUUUUUUGUACUGACCUUGCUGUGUUUGGUCUGUACUGCCAUGACCUCAUGCCAAUAUUCCCCAGUACCACUCCAUGCUCAAUUAGCAAGAAGUUACAGUUCUUGAUUUUUCAAUUAUUUCUUUGUUGUUGUUUCUUUUCUUUUUUCUUUUUUUUUUUUGUUGUUGUUACUGUCACUGUUUUAUUUUUGAUCUUCCAAUUUACUUGAUAAUACAUGUUAGGUAUGUCCUAUUCUUUACUGUUCUUUGAUAUGACUGGAAAAAAACUUAUUUUCAAUUUUUCUAUUAAACAUUGUUGUAAAUGCUGGUGUGAGCUAUAUGUGGUUUGUUCAUUUAUCUGCUGGUGAAGCAGCAUGCUGUAAGCUAAAAACUGUUGUUUACCUACUUUAAUUUAUACAAAAAUUCAACUCAAACUCCCAUGCACUGGGAGAGCUUGCAAAGUAAUAAACAAUUUUUUUUAAAGUGGUUCAUGAAGUUUGGAUGCCUCGUAAGAGACCAGACUGUAAGGUUCUUGAUUGGCUGAUAAAAAUUUGCAUAUUCUAUAGUAGGUUUCUUAAAUGUGAGUUUGCAUUGUAUAUGAGCUGGUCAAAGAAAAUGUUUUAAGUAACCUGCUUUGUUGGAUAAUUUUCAAGGUAAAGAAAACAAGACACAUUUAGCUUCUGAGCAACCAACUUUUUGUCGCUCAUUUUCAAACAGGCUCAAUUCCAAGACAAGCUAAAAAUCAAUGCAGCGUCAGGAUGCCGGUGCAGCCAAUCAGGUGGCGCGUUUGCCUUCCGUCAAAUGGAGUGACUGUCGACGGGGCAAGGAGUCAGAAACAUCUGAGUAACCUCGUGUGAAUGAAAGAUUUCAAAGAGGAUCUGUUUAAGGGAUUCAACAAAAGUGCAGCUUGGGGAGAGAUCCAACUCACGGAGCAGUUGGGAAGCCCAAAGGGCUAAUACCUCCCCCCUCCCCUCCUCCCAUCCGCCUCGAGCGGUUACGUUGGACCAAGAAGCGCAGGCAAUUUUCAAUAAAAACAGGGGAGAAGGGAACAGUUAAGGAGCUUCUCCUAGAGGAUUUACCCUUAAAACGAGUGCGGCGCGAACACGAAGAGCUGUCUCGCGCGCACGUGUUAAAUUUUAGCAGCACGACAGCGUCACGUGCGCACGUGCGAGCCUGGACUUCAUCUGGCUCCACUUUUUGAAAAAGGCUGACACUAUCGAGGAUUAGUUCAGCUGAAAACUUUCCUUCACGCUACAUUUACGUUAUAAUGACAAAAACAGGAAAUUCAAACUGCAGACAUUCUACCGAAAUUGUUUGACGAAGACGGUCACGCGGUUAGUUACCUAAGCAGAUGAACAUUUAAACCCAACUCGUUUCCGCCGAUAGAUGUCGAGUUAAAUCAUCACUGAAAUGGAAUUUUACUCAAAUGCAACAACGGCUCAUCAAAUUAGUAACCUAAACGAGUCUUCUUCCUUAUAUGGAGCGGAAAUUCAAGAUGAAAUGCAAACUUCUGGAGGCAAUUUUGGAAAUGCAGUACAAUCAUGUCGAUUAGAAGAACCAAGCUACUUGGAUAGUGGCAAAAGUGGCAGAAGAUUUCGUGGACCAGAGCCUUACAGAAGCACGGCUACGAACCAAACGUCAUGUUCAAGUUCUACUAAUAGUAAUCCCUGGGAAGUCACGUUAAACCCGAGGGAUAUUCAAAAUGGGAUGCAACCGUAUGCAGUGGACUUACUUUUACCAGUAAACAAUUUAGUUCAGUCUCUUCCAAAUGAUUCUACGGAAAUUAAUUCAUACAACCCCAUAGCUGAUCCAAGGGAAACAAAUCUUACGGGUAUCCCAUCUUACGAUGUGGACAUCACCAUACGGUCACCUGUUAGCCAUUCCUUUCAUUCUCAUCCAACAACCUCGACCAAUAUGAUUCCCGAUCGCCAUUCAGUCGAUCCGAGGGGAACGAAUCCCAAGGGUAUUCCAACUAACGCUAUGGACUUCUCUGGGGAUAGAAAUUCCUGCUAUCAUUUGGGUAAUCCUUGGGAGAAAGAUCCAAAUGGAAUGAUGUCUUCUCAUACGACUUAUGAAAAAGGGAAAAAGGAUCGGAACGGCAUUCAAUCUGGUGAAACGGAAAGUCCCGAGGUGACACAUGCUACCAGGGCUGAUCUCAAACGAAUAAAUUACGAUGUUGAGGAAAGAAAUUUUCAUCAGGUGACACACAGAGAAAACUCGCAGUUCACUCAGCCGAUACUAAGCUAUCCACUUAAUCAGACAUGCAGCCAAGCUGGUACUUCGUCUCAAAAAACUAUUAGGUUGCAAGGAGGGGCGCCAUUCUACCACGCUACGUUCCAAGGAGAAUUAGCCAGCCAGGUGUUCGAGAAAGGCAGUGAAGGAGGGAGCAAUUUCAUUUACCAAACAAGCUCCGAUGGAAGGAUUCGAUCCAAGGAUCUUCCCUUUAAUUCUCAACAAACGACUGUCAAUGAGAGAGGAUUCACCAGGACUUGCCCUCGUUGUCACUGCGUUGUAGCGAGCCAACCACAAACGACGUCUCCUCCAACAACCCCUGGCAUACAAAACACACGAACAUCGGUCAUCAUGCUUCCUCAAAAGAGAGAGGUCGAGGAGACAAAGAAAACAUCCAACCAUUUUGCAGUAGGAAAUCAGAAAUGGCCAUCACCGAUAAAAAGGCCUCUGGAAAACGAAUCUGAUCUUUCUGAAGAAGACAAAGAUGAUGAGGACUUACAAGAAACGUUCUUUCGAGUGAACAUAGACGGCACGACUGCGAGAUUCAAGCUGACAGAGGAAGAUUGGGCCAAGAUGCCAAUUAAGUCAUUUCCAAGCGGUGGCCGUCUACUGAGCGGAGACUGGACCCGCAUUUUCCUUAACAAAGUGAAGGAAAGCAACCCAUGGUGCAGUUUGCGUUUCAAGAAUAAUCACGUGAGAUCGGAAAACUCGCGUAAGAUGCACUCGUCCGUGUUUUUCAGGGGAGGGGCUGAGUGCAAGUAUCCAGAGUGCAGCGUUAAAUUGAGAUUCGUGAUUAAGAAGGAUUACGGGCGGCGUGUGGAUGUGACCUACAUCGGUAACGUCUGCCACGCUAGCUAUACCUAGGCAUGAGAUGUAAGACUAACAUCCGAGGAAACACGUUUUCUGUAUCCAUGUUCUCAUCUUAGACUUAACAAAAAUUACUCAAUUCGAGUAAAGCACUUAUAUACUUCAAUUUGUGACAAAACUCUUGGCACGCUCUAGUACUUUUUUUAACUUUUUAUAUCUCUCAUUUAUCUCUCCCUCUCUCCCAUCUCAAUGUUGCCUGGUGCGUGAGAAAACGCCCCGGUAUAACCAAGUUAUGAUUAGUUUAGAGAUCAGCCUUCUUAUCAAACGACAAGAAGACGUGAAUUUUGUAAUUCAAGCACUCAGUGCAAGUGAAUGAAAAA